CCACCCGUGUGGACGUAUCCCAUGGGAGUCUGGGUACCACACAAGAUGAGAGGACCGCCAAUUACCUCUCUCCCCUUCCUUCUUCUUCUUCUUCUUUCUCUUCUCUUCUCUUCUUCUUCUUCUUCCGCUUUUCCAUUCAGUUCCGAAGAUGAAGUCGAUGCCACACACGAACACAAGAGUCUCGAAGAUCCGUUCGCCAGGCGAUUCGGAGACGGGAGUUUUGAGGGGAACGGGCACUCGGUCGGCCUUCGAGGUGGACCUCAAGGAAGCGUCGCGGCCUUGACAACUUCGAGUCAAGCGGCAGCCUCGAGUAAUCACUUCUCCAUCCAGUUAGCGAGUUCGGAGGAUCUUGGGAGCCGGGAAGGAGUGAGUCACGAGUCGCGUCGGGGGUCGUUUUCGAGUCAGCAUGUUGUGUUCGGGAGGAGUGGGGAUGAUGAUGAUGAUGAUGAUGAUGAUUAUGAUGAUGAUGAUGAUGAUGGUGAUGAUCUGUACGACUUUGAUGACGUUAGUGUCAAGUUUAUGAGUCUCGGCAGGCGGUACCAUCCAGCGGGUAUUCCCAAAAUCGCUCCGGAUAAUGUGCUGAUUCCUAAAACGACAGCUGCUGUGAGUUUCCCCCCCUCCCCCUCUUCGAUUCCCAGCGGUGGUUCGGGCAAACAGCUCGUCCACUCGUAUCGGAAUCCCAACUUCCACUCGUUCGAGAUCUCCAGUGAGACGUCAGAUGACUUAGAGGACUUGGUGGAAGACGCCCUCGAACGUGCCGGUUACGACGAUGAUGAUUUUGAUGACGAUGAUGACGUUAUCUUCAGACCAGAGAGUUUCGUCAACCUCUACAACGACCAGACGAGUGAACACCGCCUGGCCUUGAGCGAGAACCUACUAGGCGCUUAUUACCAUAACAUCGACACUCAAGGCAGCAUCCACUGGAACUAUAAACUCGAGGACCAGUUCCAGGACCACACCGUCCACCGCAACGGCAACAUGGAAGGGAAGUUCGGCUGGACAGCGCCCGGAGGACAGGAAGUCCGAGUCCAGUACGUGGCUGACGAAGGUGGAUACCGCGUCCUUAGUUCUCAGGGGAUCCACCCAGCCGAUAGCGACGAAGUGGAAGAAGCCAAGCGACUCCACUUCCUAGUCCACAAGAAUCUCGCCGACCAACGACACGGGUACGGAACGAGUGCCCCAGCCGUGCCCUUCCCUAUAGGCACCCCAGCAGCUGGUGUUCCCCCCGGGCAAGGCGCAGGGGCUCCCUUCAGCCCUGGCGCAGGUGGUCCGGCCUCCGACCCUUGUCUCCUACUGGGCAAGCAACACCCGAGUCUCGUCCCUGCAGAGUGCCGCGUGCCAGGGCAGUUCGGAGCGGAUGGCACUGUUCCCAGCACAGGGGGCGUGCCCUUGCCGGGGAUUGGGGGAGGCGCGCCUGCAGGAGGAGGUGUUCCUGGCGUAGGGGCUGGAGCAGGCACUGGCUUUGACGCGUCGAGUGGUGGCACGCCCUUGCCUGGAUUAGGGGGAGGUGUCGGAGGAGGAUUUGACACAGGAUUCGGUGCCGGAGGAGGAGGAGGAGCAGGAGGAUUCGACACCGGGGCAGCUGGUGGUGGAGGAGGAGGCGUCCCACUUCCCGGCAUAGGUGGAGCUGGUGCCGGAGCAGGAGCAGGAGGAUUUGACACAGGUGCCGGAGCAGGAUUUGACACAGGAGCUGGUGUCGGAGGAGGAUUUGACACAGGAGCAGCUGGAGGCUUCGACACUGCCUUCGGAGGUGGAGCUGGAACAGGAGCUCCCGGUGGAGUGCCUCUUCCCGGCGUAGGAGGUGGAGCAGGUGGAGCAGCUGGUGGAUUUGACGCUGGUUUCGGAGGUGGAGUAGGUGGAGAUUUCGGAGGAGCCCCAGGUGGUGCCCCAGGUGGUGCUCCAGGUGGUGCUCCAGGCUUUGACGCAGGAGGUGUUCCAGGAGGUGUUUCCGCCCCUGGAAUACCCGGAGCUGGAGGAGCAGGAGGUUUCGACGCAGGAGCAGGAGCAGCUGGAGGAGCAGGUUUCGACGCUGGUUUCGGAGGUGGAGCAGGAGGUUUCGACGCAGCUGGAGGAACAGGAGGUUUCGACGCUGGAUUCGGAGGUGGAGCAGGAACAGGAGGUGGUGGAGCUCCUGGUGGAGUGCCUCUUCCCGGCGUAGGUGGAGCAGGAGGAGGUUUCGACGCAGCUGGAGGAGGAGGAGGUUUCGACGCUGGAUUCGGUGCCGGAGGAGGAGGUUUCGACGCUGGAUUCGGAGGAGGUGUUCCUGCGCCUGGAAUAGCCGGAGCAGGAGCAGCUGGAGGAGGAGCAGCUGGAGGAGGAGCAGCUGGAGGAGGAGCUGGACCGGGGUUUGACGGAGGAGCUGGAGGAGGAGGUUUCGACGCAGCUGGACCGGGGUUUGACGCUGGUUUCGGAGGCGGAGCUGGAACAGGAGGAGCUCCCGGUGGGGGGGUUCCUCUCCCGGGGUUUGAUGGAGGCGCAGCUGGAGGAGGAGCUGGACCGGGGUUUGACGGAGGAGCUGGAGGAGGAGGUUUCGACGCUGGAUUCGGUGCCGGAGGAGGAGGAGGAGCUGGACCGGGGUUUGACGGAGGCUUCGGAGGCGCAGCUGGAGCAGGAGGAGGAGGAGGAGGAGCUCCCGGUGGGGGGGUUCCUCUCCCGGGGUUUGAUGGAGGCGCAGCUGGAGCAGGAGGUUUCGACGCAGCUGGAGGAGGAGGUUUCGACGCUGGAUUCGGUGCCGGAGGAGGAGGAGGAGCUGGACCGGGGUUUGACGCUGGUUUCGGAGGCGGAGCUGGAACAGGAGGAGCUCCCGGUGGGGGGGUUCCUCUCCCGGGGUUUGAUGGAGGCGCAGCUGGAGGAGGAGGUUUCGACGCAGCUGGAGGAGGAGGAGGUUUCGACGCAGCUGGAGGAGGAGGAGGUUUCGACGCAGCUGGAGGAGGAGGUUUCGACGCAGCUGGAGGAGGUUUCGACGCUGGAUUCGGUACCGGAGGAGGAGCAGGAGGAGGUGUUCCUGCGCCUGGAAUAACCGGAGCAGGAGCAGCUGGACCAGGGUUUGACGCAGCUGGUGGCUUCGGAGGAGGAGCUGGUGGCUUCGACGGUGGCUUCGGAGGUGCAGCUGCUGGUGGAGGAGGAGGAGGUGGAGGUGGAGUUCCUCUUCCCGGAGCAGGUGGAGCAGCUGGACCGGGGUUUGACACAGCUGGUUCUCCGGGGUUUGAUGGAGGCGCAGCUGGUUCUCCGGGGUUUGACACAGCUGGUGGUUUCGACACUGGCUUCGGCUUCGACACGACCGCUGGAGGAGGAGGAACAGGAGGCGUCGGACUUCCCGGCAUCGGUGGCGGUGCGGGGUUCGAGACUUCGGCACCGCCAGGGGGUUUCGGUCCCGGAGCAGGAGGAAGCUUCCCCGCGGGUUCGCCGGGGGGGUUUGACGCGGGCGGUGCCGGUUUAGACUUUGGCGCGGGGGCUUCCUCUGGAUUCGACACUGGAGCUUCUGGUGGAUUCGACACAGGGGCAAGUGGAGCUUCUGGUGGAUUUGAUGCCUCUGGUGGAUUCGACACAGGAGCUGGUGGAUUCGACACAGGAGCUGGUGGAUUCGACACAGGAGCUAGUGGAUUCGACACUGGAGCUGGCGGAUUCGACACAGGAGCUGGCGGAUUCGACACUGGAGCUGGCGGAUUUGGCACGGGUUCGACCGGCGGCGUAUCUCUGCCUGGAUUAAGUGGUGGAGCUGACGCGACUGGUGCGGGGUUUGACACCGCUGGAGGAAGUGCCGGAGGAUUUGACACCGCUGGAGGAAGUGCCGGAGGAUUUGACACCGCAGGAGGGUUUGGCACUUCUGGAGGAGCUGGAUUUGACACGGCUGGAGGUGCCGGAGGUUUCGACACCGCAGGAGGAUUUGGCACUUCUGGAGGAGGCGGAGGAUUUGACACCGCAGGAGGAUUUGGCACUUCUGGAGGCUUCGGAGGUGACACUGGAGGAGUGCCAGCGCCGGCAUUAGGUGGCGCUGGUGCCUCUGGCUUGGCCUCGCCGUCUGGCACCCCGGGCGACACGGCAUCCUUCGACAUCGGUGGCAUUCCAGGCUUCGACGCGGGCACCAGUUCGAGCUUCGACGCAGGACUGGAUGCCGGGAGUAGCUCUGGGUUCGGUGGAGGUUUUGGCACCAGUGGUUCGUCUUCCUCCUCGUCGGGGUUUGAUGCCAGUGGUUCGUCCGGCUUCGACUUGAGUGGUUCGUCUGGUUCCUCGGCUGGUUCCUCCUCGUCGGGGUUUGAUGUGAGUGGUUCGUCUGGCUUCGAUUUGAGUGGAUCGUCCGGUUCGUCGGGGUUUGAUGUGAGUGGUUCGUCUGGCUUCGAUUUGAGUGGGUCGUCUGGUUCGUCCGGCUUCGACUCAAGUGCGAGCGGCUCCUCCUCGAGCUUCGACUCAAGUGGCAGCUCCUCCGGCUUCGACACCAGCGGGGGCUUCCCAGGAGCGGAUUUCAGCGGAGCCUUCGGUUCUUCGAGCGGUUCUUCAAGCGGUUCUUCGAGCAUCAACGUCCCUAUUUCGGGUCCCCCUCUUGACGGAGCGUUUGGAGGAGGAGGUUUCGGAGACUUGAGCUCCGGUGAGGCUUCAGGAGGAUUUGGAGGAGGACCUGGAGGAGGAGGAGGAGGAGUAGGGAUCGGAUUAGGACUAGGAGCUGGAGGAGGAGGAUUUGGAGAAGGAGGAGGAUUUGGAGGAGGAGAAGGAGGAUUUGGAGGAGGAGAAGGAUUUGGAGGAGGACCUGGAGGAGGAGGAGGAGGAGUAGGGAUCGGAUUAGGAUUAGGAGCAGGUGGAGGAUUAGGAGGAGGAGGAGGAGGAGGAGGAGGAGGCUUGAAGGGGAAGGAAACCCCAGGGCCUCAAACGACGUCGGUGCAAGACAUGGCUUUCCCGUUUUUUGAGCGAGGCCCACCUGAACCCUCCGGAGUUCCAGGUGGGCCGAACCUCGCCGUUCCGACCCCCUCCCCCCCCUUCCCCCCAUCACCCCAACCCCCCCCGUCACUUCCUCCCGUCGCUUUUCCCUCCGCCUCUUCUACCUCCUCCCUUCCUCCCGGCUCGGGUUCGUCCUCUUCAUCAUCCUCUUCCUUCUCCUCUUCCUCCUCAUCUUCUUCCUCGUCCUCUUCCUCUUCCAUCGACUCAGCCUUCUCCUCGUCUGUCUCUCUUCCCUCGUUCGAAAAUUGUGACCCGUCGACUUGCCCGCCAGGAAGAGGAAGAGGAGAAACAGGAGAAGAAGGAAGAGAAAGAGGAGGAGCAGGAGCUGGAAUAAGUGGUCUUCCUCCCUCUCCCUCUUCCUCUUCUUCUCCCUCUUCUCCCUCCUCUUCUUCUUCCUCUUCCUCCUCUUCCUCUUCUCCCUCCUCUUCCUCCUCCUCUUCUUCUUCUUCUUCUUCUUCUUCUUCUUCUUCUUCUUCUUCUUCUUCUUCCAUUCUCCCUCCCGAUAUCUCCUUACAAGAUCUCACUCACGACGUCCCUCAAGACUUGGCCAAAAUCUAUCACGAUAUAUACGGUAUUAAGAUGAUCCAGGAUGACUCAGCAUUUCCGUUGAGGAGAGCACCAGCGCCUGCGAAUUUGGAUUUGCCGAGACAGUGAUAAAGGAGGGAGAUAGAGA